GUGACACAGGGUCGAGCGAACUUGGGGAGCCCAGACAUAAAAAUAACAUUUUAAGUAAACUCAUAAACAAAGUUUUUUAAAAAAAUUGUGCUGCUCGUCUGCACCAAUACUAGAAGUCAAUCAGUGUGUCUGUGUCAAUGUGCCUAGAUGUUUUAACAUGCCAAUUAAUAAUGAGUUAUUAUCAAGAUUCAAAAGUUUUUGCUCAGUUACUCGGGGAAGAUGACAAGAAGUUGCAUACUACAAAGAAAGAAGCAAAUGUUAGCAGACAAAUUGAUUUACAUGAGACUGGUGAAGCAAGUUUAGCACCUGAUAUUAUCAGAUGUACUAUGACAUGCAGUAAUGUUAAAGACUCAGUUGAGGAUGUCAAACAGAGUGUGACACGUCGAUUAGAUUACGUCUUACAGACACUGCGAAAUAAUAGUGUAAAGGAUAAGCAACAUACCGUCCAUAAGUUAUUGUCAACAACAGAAGAUGGACUGUAUCAAAUGAAAGCUGAAGUUGUUGUUGAUUUCCAAGAUGCAAAUACAUAUGAAAAAACUGUUAACUUCUUAGUGGAAAAACUUGAAAAAAGUAUCAAAAUUUCCAAGCCUGUGUUUAUGCAUUCUUCUGGAAAACUAAGCAGCCUCAGACGUCAAGCAUGUUUGAAUGCUGUUCAAAACUGUCGAACGAAAGCAACUGCGAUCGCACAAUUGUUGAAUCAAAACCUUGGUUCCCCUCUUCUAAUCACGGAAGAAGAUACAAUAGAAUAUACAGGAAAUGGAAUGUCGAAUGUCAGCAAAGAAAUAAAUUCUUUUCAAGAGCACAUUGAAAAUAAUACCUAUACUGUCAGUGUGAAAGUUCAUGUUGUUUUUGAAUGCAAAGAAAGGACGAAAAACUCAAGACAUAAAUAAAAUAUACCUUGUUCGUAUUAAUUUUCAUGUGUCCUAAUUUCCGAGCAGUUGUGCAAAAUAGUUAAGUUACAGAAAUUACAGGUUUUGUGUGAAGAUGAAUAUCUGCAAAAAUAUGCUUUUUAAGAAGCAGUGGAAAUGAUGCUACAAUCUGUUUAAAACUCUGACUUUUGCUAUAUUUUUCUUGUUGGUUGUAGGGAAAUUUGAAAUUUGAACCAUAAUAUUAAUGCACACAAAAUACGUUCUUAAUUGUAUCAAAAAGCGCAAAAUAGAUAUUUUUUCACUAUCCGAAAAUUAAUAUGCAUGAAAAUUUGUACCAAUAAAAGGUCAUAUUGUUUUGAAUAAAAUUAGGUAAAUAAAAAAACUUUCUGAACUUACUAAACAAGAAUUGUUCUUUUUGUAUAUUUUGGCUUUUUUAGAACAAACAUUUUAACACAACUAAGAAAUUAGUCUCUCAGAUGAGGAUAGAAAUUUUUGGUAAAGGAAGUCUUGAAGCAAGACACUUUAUUUUUUGUUUACUUUAUGGUGACAAUCACUUUCCUAUCAAAAUUUUGCUUUAGACAAGCAAUGAAAAACGUUCUUUUUGCUGUGAGAACAUUUUUUAUCUUAUAAAAAUAUUCUGAUGUAGAUUUUAAUAUAUAUUGUGUCGUAUUUAUUUUAUGUAACGCUAUGUAAAUAUGAUAUUUUAAAGAGAAAGUCAAUAUUUUGUAAACAAAUAUUGCGUUUUAUUGAGAAAAAAGUUUGGAUGUU